AUGGUUGACUACCUUUCCCGGUAUCGGCUGUACGGUCAUGGUUACACGUCACCAGAACAACGCUACCCCAUCACCACCUACAGAGAAAUAUACAGGGACAGCGCUCCACACAUCUUCGGCCGCAGACCGCGAUCUCACGACUGUCGAAUGGAGAGCGUAAAGGAUUCGACGGAGAAGAAAGACUGGGAAGCAUGGAUGUUCUCACAUGGGCUUGGCCAAGUGUACAGAAGUGUCAACUACCUCCAUAACCAGGAUAAGGAGCUCACACCACAGGGAACCGCCGCACCAGACAAACUGCUCUUUAACAUUGGUAUGAAGGGUCGAGGUGAUGGUGACUUUUACUAUCCUCGUGGCUUAUCUGUUACACUGGACGGUGAGAUACUGAUUGCAGACACAAUGAAUCACAGAAUUCAGAUCUUCAACCAAUAUGGUAUCUUCAUACGAAAGAUAGGUUGCAAAGGUACUGGGCAGGGACAGUUUGACGAACCAAUGGGAGUAACCGAACUACCAAAUGGAGAUUUGGCAGUGGCAGAUAAAAAAAACAAGCGGGUUCAGGUUUUCUCACAAAGGAGACAGUUCAAAUUUAUGUUUCCAACAGGCGAUGAACCUUUCGCUAUCGCAAGUGACAAAGACUACAACCUUAUUGUAUCUACAGUGCGGAGGUCAAUAGAAGUGUAUAGGAGAGGUGGUAAGUUGGUGCAUGCCUUCCCGGUAGGGGGAUCGGCACGGGAUAAAAUUGGCUGUCACAUCUGCGUCAAUAACAAAGAAGAGGUGAUCGUUAGUGAUGCCGUAAAUAACUGUGUCAAGUACUUCACAUAUGGUGGUAAACUUUUAUACAAGUUUAAUCCUAUGUCUACAGGCGAAGGUUUGUCCAUGCUGCCAUCCGGUAUUUGUGUUAAUGUGUUGGGAGAACUUAUCAUUGGAGAUGCCCUCAAUCACACAGUGAACUUGUAUUCCGAACGUGGGAUCCUACUGAAACAGCUCAUUGGUCCUUCUGACGAAGCUGGGGCGGUUCAGACUUGCGCAAUUGGACAAGAGGGACACUUAAUGGUGACGGAAUUUAGUCUUUCCGGUCCACAUUCGUUGAAAAUAUUUCGAUACAAACAAUGCUAUUGCCAUCUUACUAGACCAGGUUCGAGCAAGAGGAGAUCACCGACUAAAAUGGAGUGA